AGCCGUAGUCUCUAAGAAAUACUCAAGAAGCACCCAAUUUCGAACGUAUGGGCUCCUUAAACUUUCAAUCGCCUAAUCGAAACUAAUUCUUUCUUAUUAUAGUCCUUGACACCAUGUCAGACAGCUCGGUCCCCGCGCCGCCUAGCACGGUCUCUAGGCCUGUGAGCGAGGCACUUUUGAACGAGAAGUGGGACCGCUGCAUUUCCAAUAUGCUCAUAAAGUCAUCGCUCGGUCUCGGAUUCGGCGUCGUCUUCUCAGUUCUCUUAUUCCGACGAAGAGCGUGGCCCGCAUUUGUGGGAGUGGGUUUCGGCGCUGGCAGGGCCUACGAGGAAUGCAACUGGAGCUUGAAGCAAGCAUCACAGGAGCUGAAGAGGAAAGCAUGAAGGGGAGCUGGAUGGUAGCUUUAGAGGGGAUCAUCUCGACGAAAAACACAUUCGCGAGCGUCACUACACUUGUACAACAGAAACAACACCAAUAGACGGCCUGACUACCUUGAUACGGGCGUAAUUGGAGCGAGCACACUCAUCGAAAAAAAGGAAAAACUUACUUGUUACGCAUUAAUAAAGCAGGGAGUUAAACACGAUCUUCCGGGACUCUCUGUACC